UAAUUUCUCCUGCCAUCAGAACACAGAAAACAAAGAAAGAAAAAGCGUACUAAACCUCAACUGCUUCGUUUUGGCCGAUCAAACCGUUUUCGAAAGUGCUGAACUUUGAGCACUUCAGUGGGUUCUGAAUCUAUCGCUUCAAGCUUCCUUUGCGAGACAUCCGAUUUGAGAUGGGUAUUCCUCCGGUCAGGCCACCAAGUAUCGCAAAGUAUCUGAAGCCGUAUCUUCUGAAAAUGCACUUUACAAACAAAUACGUAAGUGCCCAGGUGAUCCACACACCUACUGCCACUGUAGCCUCUUCUGCAAGCUCCCAGGAAAAGGCCUUGAGAGAAAGCAUGGAGAUACAGCGGGACGUUGCUGCUGCUGCAAAGAUAGGAAAGAUAUUGGGGGAGCGCUUGCUGCUCAAAAACAUUCCCGCUGUAUCUGUCCACUUGAAGAAAGAACAGAAAUAUCAUGGUAAGGUUAAGGCUGUCAUCGACAGUGUGGUCGAAGCAGGUGUCAAACUACUCUGAUGAAUCAUUCGAGUUUGCUUACAUUACGGUAGUCAGUAUCAUGUCUUAAUCCUGGAUGGAUUGCGAGGGAAUAUAAACUGGAGGAUUGUGUAGUAGGAUCAGUCUUUUGAUUGCUAUGCUAUUGUGAUGAUGAACACUAGUGGAACUUUUGAUUCUCGAUGUAAUGUUCCCGUUGGAUGUUGAUUUUGAUUUCGAUAACAUUAUUCAUCCGAAUA